CACUGGUAGCAACAAAGUAUGCGGCGGUAAAGAUCACUUGGUUGCUUAUGCUUGGCGUCAGCAAAAUUGUAGACAUUGUGCUAACUAAAAUGCUGACGACGUGAAAUUCUGAUAAUAACUUCGCGUUUUCUUAUCGUAUUUGUUUAAUUUUUAUUCUUCGAAAAAAUGACCACGAGUGACGCUAAAUCAGCGAUAUGCGCGUGAAGCAAAGUAGGUCGUGACUUUUCUCGACACCGUGUAGGUAAUCGCCAUUUUUAUCUACAAACUAUAUUUUCAUAAUUUUAAAAACGAAAAUGUCGCGAGACUACUCGCCACGCGACCGUAGCAUGAGCAUUUCUCCCGAACCGUUCAAAAAAGAUUCGCCAAAUCAUAGGCAUAGAAGCAGAUCUAAUUCUAGAUCACCAACUCACAAGAGGCACAACGGGUAUAGAUCACCAGCUCACCAUUCUACCAGAUCUCAUUAUAGUGAUCGUGGAGACACCCGGGACAGUGAUUAUGAUAGCGACUGGGAGCACCAUUCCAGACCCAGAGACAGAGACAGGUCUUGGGAGAGAGACAGGAACAGCCGAUCUGGAAGUACAGAUUACAGCCGAUCUGGAAGUACAGAUUACAGAGAACGAGAACGGGAUCGAGAAAGAAGACAAAUCCACAGACACAGAGAUCGCGAUAGAGAUCGCAGAUCUCGGAGACGAUCACGUUCUUGUUCUAGAUGGGAUAGAGACAGGAAGUCAGAAGAUCGGAAACGUGACAAGGACAAAUACAGGGACGGCGAAAGCGAUAGCGAAAGAAGUCCAAAUGGAGCUUUGAUUGGUGCCAGCGGAUCUGAGAUAAUAGGAUAUAAGAGUCAACCACCAAACAACACCAUCAUGAUUCGAGGACUGGCACAACAUAUAUCAGAGUAUGAUAUUCGUCAAGACAUAAUCCAGUGCGAGCUGAUGCCCAAGGACAUUAGGCUGAUCAGAAAAAAGGAUACAGGUGCAUCCCGCGGAUUCGCCUUUGUAGAGUUUGCCACACUGAAUGAAGCCGUGCAAUGGAUGGAGUUAAAACAGGGAGUGCUUAUGCUUCAAGACCACUAUCGUGCAAUCAUGCAGUAUAGUAUUCCUAAGGAGGGCUUAUCCGCUGAAAAACCAGCAAAUUACAAGGUAGCAGCCGAUUGGUUCUGUAUUAAGUGUGGCGCGCAGAACUUCAAGCGGCGUGACAACUGCUUUAAGUGUCAUGCUUCAAGAACUGAAAGUGAAGAAGGUGGAAGCGGUAGCGAUGAAGUCUGCACUUAUCCCACCAAAACCAUUAUGCUGCGAAAUUUGGAUGCCCUAACAACAGAGGACUCAGUGAUGGCUGCGUUAAACACCGCAAUACCAGAGUGGGUUAAAUCCAUAUCGGCCGUCUGUGUAGGAAGAGAUCCUCUAACGUCAACCUCAAGAGGUUUAUGCUAUAUCGGUACUGAGUGCACCAUUGAUGCACUGGGGAUAUUUGGGGCGUUGAGCAGCCUGAAAUCAGCAUUGGCUAUCGAUGGCAAAACUGUGACAAUGUCAUAUUGUAAGUAUUACAUGGGUGACACGAAGAAACAGUACUCACAAGCGGACCACGAAGCAUUUCCAAACGCAGCCGUACCAAGCACUUACCAAAUGUCCGAUGUCGAUAACCUAGCCGAAUACUCAGCGCGGAGGUACGCAAAGACUCCUCAAGAGUACUUGAACUAUCUCGAUUACUAUAGGACGUACUUCAGUCAGCAGAUCAGCUCUGGCAACUCUAUCACCUUGCAUCAGGACAACCAAAUGGAUUCAGCAAAUGCUGCGGCUGCGGUCGCCCAGUCUGCCAUUCAGCAAGUGAAUGCUAACAAGAACUGCUAUGAGACACCCGCUGUGCCCUCUGGGACCGAUGGGAAGAAAUAUCCAAUUCCUGACAUCUCCAAGUAUUCGUACGACAAGGCCAGCGGUUUUCAAUACGAUCCAUCAACGGGCCUAUACUAUGACCCCAAUUCGUGCUACUACUGGAACAGCAUCAUCCAGCAGUACCUGUACUGGGACAACGAGAGAAUGACAUAUGUUCUUGCACCUACAACUCGAGGCAAUCAAGCUGCAUGUUCUAGCAACGAGCAAGAACCUGCUGCUAAGAAACAGAAGUCAGAAAAGCAAGACAAGGUUAAGGUGGCCAAGAAGAUCGCAAAGGAUAUGGAAAGAUGGGCCAAGACUCUGAACCAGAAGAAAGAAAUGUCCAGUUCCAAGGUGUCAAGUGACAUGAACUGCACUAUGAGCAGCGCUGCAGCUGACAUUGGUUUCUCAGUGUUGGAGAAGAAGUCCAUGGCUGCCGCAACAAUGCCAGUGUUCAAGCAGGAAUAUCAAGCUCCACUCGCCCAAGCGACUGCUACUGCUACUGGCCCGCUCGUAGCCGCUUAUGGCGGAGAGUCUGAUUCAUCUGGGGAUGAUGAAGAUGACCUUCUUGAUUUCAACACACUUAUUUGCAAUCUCUGCAUGCGUCAACUGGGUAACGCCGAAGCCCUACAGAAGCAUGCUAGAAAAUCAUCCCUACAUAAGCAAAACCUAGAAGCUCGUCGCAUUCGUAAGGGCGAAGCAGCUGCCGAAAAAAUUGUCUACAGAGAUAGAGCAAAGGAGAGACGUAUGAAGUACGGAGAUCCUGAUGAGCCACAACCGAGCAAACUGAAGGAGAAAUAUUUGAAAGCAAGGGAAGCUGAUUUGCCUGUUGUAGCUGCUUCUGUGUCUGAGCCUAUCGGCGCCGAGAAUGUCGGUAACAGGUUGCUACAGAAAAUGGGCUGGUCGGAAGGUCAGGGACUCGGCAAACAGAACCAGGGCAGGACUACUAUUAUUCAGGCUGAGCAGCACAGCAGCACCGUUGGAUUGGGGAACAAAAUGGCUGGAUACACUGCUAUUGCAGGCGAAUCAUACAAGGAAUGUGUGAAGAAAAUGAUGUACGCGCGUUAUCAAGAGUUAACCGAGAGAGAAAACAGCAACUAAUUCAAUAAGCUUAAGGGUGGAACCAUAAAUAUAUAGGAACCACUCAAGUAUUACAAGGCGCCGCGACAUAACAAAACAUUUUUAUUAUGAUUGUUUAAUCUUUAUCAUGUCUUUAUUCUGUUAUUGUGAAACAAUUCUCAAGCUAAUUUGUGUGUCCAAAAAAUUGGGGACCUUUAUUUUGCUAUUCCACUUUUUGGUCUAGUUUCUUGUUAUUUAUUUUUUUUUUCAUUAAAAUUAAUUUGGGGCCACACUCCACAUGUUUUGUGACUGGCACUUUGUGAUACUUUGUAAGGGCAAUCUAUUGUAAGCUCGUAAAAUUAAUUUCCUUUAUUUUUCAGUUAUGUAUAACACUUAUAAUAAUAAAAAUAAUAAUAAUAA